UGGCAUGAUGGAGAAGCUGUUUGUCUUGGUCUUUGCUCUCACCCUGCUGGCUUUCUCCUCAGAAGCUUCCCCGAUUUUGACAGAAAAGCAAGCGAAACAGCUCCUGAGGUCCAGGCGGCAAGACAGGCCCAGCAAACCUGGAUUCCCGGACGAGCCCAUGCGGGAGUAUAUGCACCACCUCCUGGCCCUGGAGCACCGCGCUGAGGAGCAGUUUCUGGAACACUGGCUGAAUCCUCACUGCAAGCCACACUGCGACAGGAACAUUGUCCAGCCCGUGUAAAGGACCUGGGGCCAGCUCGCAAGCACGCUGACAGGCAGUGAUCCAGAGACUGCUAGUACAGAGAGAAGCUCAUCUUCUAUUUGAUCUAAAACCUUAGAAACAAUGUCUUCUGACCUCAAGAACUUGUGGUCCUUAGUGAGCAGCCAGAAGUUGCCUUGGGGGAAAUG